CCCUCUCUUCGUCACGCGUCAUGGCCUUCUCCAAAGCUCUCGCCUCUUCCCUCCUCGUCUCCAUGCUCAUUCUGCAUCUCGCGGAAUCCGAUCUGGUGAUCAAGACCACGGUGGACGGCCCCUCACCAUCCCCUUCGCCGCCCCACAUAGAUUGCGAUAGUGAGUGCGAUCGGAGGUGCAAGUUAUCGUCGAGGCCAAGACUCUGCAAGCGUGCCUGUGGCACCUGUUGUGCUCGCUGCAACUGCGUCCCCUCUGGAACUUCCGGCCAUUACGACGAGUGCCCUUGCUACGCCAAUAUGACCACCCACCACGGCCGCCACAAAUGCCCUUAGACUUAUUAAUUACGUCUAUUGAGUUUAAUCCUCAUGCAAUGUCUGGCGACAUAAAUAAAUAAGUUAUGAUCUCCCCUGUUUCUAUUUUAAUUUUAAUGUGUCAUAUAUAAUAUAUGUAAGGUCAGAAAAUAUAUUCUGCUGUGUUAAUUUAUAUCUUCAUUAUUUGGGUUCAAGGAUUUUGUAGAUUCCCCUAGAACUGAAAGUCCAGAAAAAUGCUUCACAUAAAUCAUACUUUUGAGUGGAGUGGUUUUGUUCGUUAUGCCAGCACAGAAAACA